CCGGGAAGAGUGUGCAACACGGCACAUUACUUGCUCGGGUCUUCUUCGUCGAGGUACAUACCUUCUCCAAUCUCGCGCCUCGAAUCAUACUACCGUGUGCACACGCUCGUUCAUCUCGAGUCCGAUUCGAUAUCCCCGGCGGUUUACCAAUCCACAUACGCUAGUACGGCGAACAACCCGAGCGGCGUUCCCCUUUGAUCUCAGUCGCGCCGUCUGUCAGGUCUCUCGGGUGAUUCCAGCCAGGAAGGACACGUUCAUUCGUUUUCCCCACAUUCGGACAGUAACACUACCCGUCCAGUUGCCUUUGUGCAACAACCACAUAAGCAGAAAAUGUUCUGUCUUCGGAGUUGGCUCCCACUGCUCUUCAUACCGACCAACGCGUCGCCCGCCUUCAUCCUCGUCUUCUUCAUCUGCACAUACUUCCUUAACCGACCAUGCAUAUACUGCUCCUUCCUGCUCGUCAUCCUCUUCCUGACGUCGUGUAACUGGUCCGACCGGUGCUUCUUCGACGUCAGCAGCAACUGGUUCCAACCAAAGGAACCGAAUCCGACCACACAUCAUAUCUACGCUCCUACGCAUAAUGGCACCAGCACAACCAUGGUGGAAAUCCCAAACAGUACAGCGGUCGUGGUUCUCGACAUGUUCAACACGACGGUUGGCACGCUGGCGACGGCCGCGAUGGACAAGGCGGCCAGGACGAGGGUGGAGUGGACGGGCUUGGGACUGGAGUGGUUGAGGAGUCUGCUGGGGAGGAGGGAGUGGCGAAUCGACUGCUUGGACCUCUAUAUCAGACUAUAGGAUGAUCUUACGGACGUUAGCGGAAAAGUAAUAGGAGUGGAUAAUUAGAACCUAUAUCCCAUCACAUGCUUGGCCUGCUACUUCUUGUAUGCUCGCCAUCCUCCGUUCGCACCUCACAUCGCUUUUUCAUUUUG